AUGCUUUCAAUAUUGCCUACUUUUCUCACUCUGGGGGCUACGUUGUUGCUGGCGUCUGCAAAUAGUCUACCAAAUAUCAUUUAUCGAGAUGUCGCGAUCAUCGGCGGGGGUGCCUCAGGUGCUUAUGCAGCCGUCCGCCUACGUGAUGACUUUGACAAGAGCAUCGCCUUAAUUGAAAAGCAGAGUAUUCUGGGUGGUAUGGUCGAUACCUAUGUCGAUGAGAACACUGGCGCCACUUUUGACUAUGGUGUCCAGAGCUUCCUCAACGUGAGCGGAUCUACAGAAUUUUUCGCUCGGUUCAAUAUCCCAAUUAGCACCAAUUCCAGUAGCGUUUCUUCGACUACGAAGUACAUUGAUUUCAACACCGGUGAGGCGGUUGACUUUACAGCCCCGGCGUUCACGAAGCAAUUUGCUGCAAUCGCCAAGUUUUUCGAGGUUAUCAAGCCAUGGGAAUCAAUGUUAAGCCCUGGAUAUUGGAAUUUUCCCGAACCAAAAGAUAUUCCUGAAGAUCUUCUUAUUCCCUUUGGCCAAUUUUUGACCAAGCAUGGUCUUGAGGAUAGCACGCCUCUGAUCUAUGCAUCUACCGGUCUUGGAGUAGGAAACAUAAGCGAAGUCACCACGAUGUUUGUCUUGCAGUCGUUCGGCUGGGACAUGUCGCGCGCAAUGCUCGGUGAAAUGGGUCUUUUUACCCCUGCAUCUGGGGGCAACCAAGUCCUCUAUGACGCCAUUGCUAAUGACCUGGGUGAUGAUGUGCUGUACUCGAGCACUGUGAUUGACAGCCGCCGCACCGAAUUCGGUGUUUUUCUCACUGUGCGCAAUCACAAGACCCAGAAAGUCACACUAAUUGUCGCUCGCCGGCUCCUAGUUGCCAUUGAGCCAACUCAGGCGAACAUGAAGCCUUUGGAUCUCAGCAGUUCUGAAUGGGACACUCUGUCCAAGUUCACCUACUCAAAUGAAUUUACUGGUCUGGUUAAUAACGCCGUCUUCAACACGAGUUAUUAUUACUAUAAUCUACCAUCUGCUGCCGCUCCCGAUAAUCUUCUUGUAUUCCAAGAUGAGCCAAUGGUAGCAAGCUUUCAAUACACCGGUCUUGAUCACCUUUUCCGCGUGAUGAUCAUUGGUAAUAAGACUACGAAUGCUGUGGAAUCCAAGGUUCUGGCACAGGAAAGCUUCAGUAAGUUGCUAGAAGCCGGUCUUUUGUCCGGAUCCACUCAAGAUCAGAAGCUCAGUUGGGCCGCCUUUUCCACUCAUGGUCCCAUGCAUGCUCGCGUCUCUGUCGAAGAUAUUAAGAGUGGAUUUUUCCAGGACUUGUACAAGCUGCAAGGUGCACGUUCCACAUGGUUUACGGGUGGUGCCUUUUCCGCAAAUUUCCAAACUCAGCUGUGGAAAUUCGAUGAGGGUCUGAUCCCUAAGAUCCUCGAGGGUCUUUGA